AUGUUGUUGCUGUGUCAUCAGGACUCGGGGUCUGGCGGUAAGACGGCGUUCUACGAGGCUCUGAGUCUCUCGCUGGGCGGCGCCACAGGAAGUGGUCUCCUGAGGGACGCCGCGGCCUGGUUCUACUCUCUGGACCACAGCCCCUCACCGGCCGGGUACAACCAGUUCUCCAGGGCGCUGGACAACGCCACCAGAGACCUGUUCAUCAUCUGUCCCAGUCUGCAGAUGGCUAGCCACUGGGCUAACAGCAGCGCUAACGUCUUCCUGUACCACCAGCCUGUCUCCAGCUCGUACGACAGGGCCGAUGUGUCUGUUCCUCUGGACGUUCAGUUUGUGUUUGGGACGCCUCAUCAUCCAAUGAGCCGUCAGCGUUUCACGUCCUCCGACCGCCGCGUCUCCGUGGCCGCGAUGUCCUACGUCUCCAGCUUCGUCAGGACCGGGUCAGACCAGCACUC